UUCAAAGUUGUUGCCUUUCUACUGUCCCCUCUGUCUUCUUUCAUUCACAUUCUUAAACAAGCCUCCCAAAUCCUAAAUCUCUCCCUCAUUCUUCAACCCAUUAAUCUUAACCCACAAUUUCAAAGAUCCCCCCUUUUGGUUCUUGAUCGACUUCUCUUCAAAUUGGCGUUGAUGGCUGGUCGUUUUGAUCCUAAUCCGUUUGACGAAGGAGAUGAAGUUAAUCCCUUUGCUGAUAAUGGAGCUGGGGGGAAAGGAGCUGGAAAGACAAACUUUGGUGGAGGCCCCUUCUACACGACAAGUGUUCCUUCAGCUGCAAACUCUAGGCUUUCACCUCUUCCCCAUGAACCUGCAGAUUUCUAUGAUCGGAGUGCCCCAGUUGACAUUCCUCUCGAUUCCGCUGCGGAUCUGAAGAAGAAAGAGAGAGAACUGCAAGCUAGGGAAGCUGAUUUGAGGAAGAGAGAAGAUAUAGUAAAACGCAAAGAAGAGGCAGCAGCACGAGCUGGUAUUGUUCUUGAGGAGAAGAAUUGGCCGCCAUUUUUCCCCAUUAUUCAUCAUGAUAUUGCAAACGAGAUACCAAUCCACCUACAGAAAUUGCAGUAUGUUGCAUUCACGACGUACUUGGGAUUAGUUCUUUGCCUUCUUUGGAAUAUUAUAGCCACAACAACAGCAUGGAUUAAAGGAGAAGACCCAAAGAUCUGGUUUCUUGCUCUUAUCUACUUCAUAUCUGGGGUCCCACUUGCCUAUGUGUUGUGGUACCGGCCACUUUAUCGUGCUUUUAGGAGUGAAAGUGCAUUCAAGUUCAGUUGGUUUUUCCUAUUUUACUUGGUUCACAUAGCCUUCGUCAUCUUUGCCGCAGUUGCUCCUCCGGUUGUCUUCAAAGGGAAGUCUCUUGCAGGUAUCCUACCGGCCGUUGAUCUUGUAGGCGAUCAUGCUUUGGUUGGGAUCUUCUACUUCGUUGGAUUCGGCUUGUUCUGUCUAGAAUCGUUGCUCAGCAUCUGGGUUAUUCAGCAAGUAUACAUGUAUUUCCGAGGAAGUGGGCAUGCUGCCGAGAUGAAACGUGAAGUCGCCAGAAGCGCUGUACGAGCAGCAAUAUGAGCGUAUCAUUAUAGUUUUACUUGCCCGAAUACUUUUUUCAGUUUUUUUUCCGGUUUUUUGCCGAUGUGAAAGAUUUGGUUUUUUUCGAAAGUAUAGAAGGAUGGUGGUGGUUGUCUUCGUAAAUC